AUGGAAGGAGAAUCCACGAUUUCUCCGCCGCUUGAACCUGCAGAGAACGCGCCGACAGACAGCACGCCCACAGAGCAGAAUCAGCCUCAGGAGAAGAAGAGGACAAAAGCAUGUCCUCAGGAAGUUAGAGAGGGUGGAAAAUCCUUGCUCCCAUUAGCACGUGUGCAGAGGAUCAUGAAGGCAGACAAGGAACUUCCGAUAGUGGCGAAAGAAGCUGCAUUCCUAAUUUCAAUGGCGGCAGAGGAGUUCAUCAAGAGACUCGCAGAGGCGAGCCAGAAGACAUCACUGGAUCGGGAUAGAAAAAGCAAGGUCAUACAGCAGAGAGAUAUCGCUUCUGUUGUACGGAGGGUAGACGAGUACCUGUUCCUAGAGGGUGAGGAUGUCCGUGCAAGAAUUGACCUGACUUGA